AUCUUCUUGAUUUUCCAACAAAUUUUCAGGGUUGCCAAAUCCCUAAAAGAACCCAUACACAUUCUCAACCACAAAGCUCCUUUCCAUAUUCCCCUCCAAAAAAUCUCCCUUCAAUAUUAUUAAUUUUUAUGAUAAACAAGAAUAUUUACCAUUUUUUCAUUUUGCAUCAUAUUUAUUCUUAUGAUACUUAUUGGCAACUUUGAUCAUAUACAUCCUUCUCAGAUUAUGUUCCUCCGUUCUAGUUGUCUACGAAAACGGACACUUCUCCAGAAUUUGGCUUGAUUCAUUGAGCAAUAUUUGCAAAAACAGAAAAAUAAAAAUAAAAAUAAAAAUGGGAGCUUGUUGUAGCAAAGAAGGGGAUUAUGGAGAUCGACAAAUUGCAAGUUAUGAACAAGAAUAUGAGCAAGAUGAUCAUGUGUUUGAAGGAGAUUAUGGAGCUACAAUUAGACUACUUGGUUCUUCUACUUUCAUUUCAAUGGCAACCGCACAAGGGAAGAAAGGAAUUAACCAGGAUGCCAUGACAGUUUGGGAGGACUUUACAGGCGAGAGGGAUGUGUUCUUUUGUGGGGUGUUUGACGGGCAUGGGCCGUCUGGUCACAAGGUAGCUCGUAAUGUCCGUGACAACCUACCGAUAGAGCUCUCAGCUGCACACAAGCAUCUCAAAACGAAACAUCGUAGCAGUAGCACGAGUGACCUUGAUGCAUUAUGUGACGAUGAAGAUGAUGCAUUGUUACAUCCUUAUUCUACAAACACCAAGGCUAAUAAUGACAGCCACCGUGACGAAGAUGGUUCCGAUUCAAAUCAAGUGUUAAAAUUGUGGAAGUCUGGUCUUUUGAGAUCAUUCAGAGAUGUUGAUAAAGACCUUAGCCGUGACCCCUCUAUUGAGAGCUAUUGUAGUGGUACAACAGCUGUAACGGUUGUCAAACAGGGGGAUCAUCUAAUAAUCGGAAACUUGGGAGAUUCACGUGCAGUUAUGUGCACGCGAGGGGAGAAAGGACAAGUAAUACCAGUCCAAUUAACUGUAGACUUGAAGCCAAGUCUUCCAAGGGAAGCCGAAAGAGUGAGGCGUUGUAGUGGUAGAGUAUUUUCACUGGAAGAGGAGUCCCAUGUUCUAAGAUUAUGGCUGCCUGAUGAAGAUAGCCCAGGACUUGCCAUGACAAGAGCAUUUGGUGAUUUCUGUCUCAAAGAUUAUGGUCUCAGUUCUACCCCUCAAAUCUUUUACAGAAAAUUGACUGAACAAGAUGAUUUCAUUGUCCUUGCAACUGAUGGGGUGUGGGAUGUGUUAACAAACUUUGAGGUGGUGAAAAUAGUCUCAGCAGCUAGAAAGCGAUCUCAUGCAGCCAAGUUCCUAGCAGCUCAUGCAAUUCGGGCAUGGAGGAGCAGAUUCCCAUCCGCGAGAGCUGAUGACAUAGCGGUGGUUUGCUUAUUCUUCAAGCUUCCACCAACUGGAAAAACUAUGUCAGAUGUCAGCCAUAUUACACCUGACAGCUUAAGCCAUCUCAAUUCUUCGGUAUCUCAACAUACAUACAGAAGUAUCAGUAGUAGUGAUGUGGAUGAUGGGUAUGAUUUCAGGGAGAGCAACAUCAGAUUUCAGGACAUUCCAGAAGAUUGGGGAGGUGAAGGAGAAAGUCUAGUCGACACAUCAUUGAAUUAUCCCCGGUAUACAAAUUCUCGAAAUAAAGGUAGACCAGCAUCCAAAAGUGCUGAUAUUUGAUACUUGAUUUUGAUGCAAUUUUUUUAGCUUAGGGGAAUGAACUAGUACAGGGUGAAUGAUUUUUUGUAUAUAUGGUUUUGAGAAUGGCAAAAUUUGCCUACAAUGAGUGGAAUGUGAGCGAGCUCUUUGAUUAUUUACUUAGGGUAAAUCCAGUGGGUCAAAAGUGUAUAAAUACCAAGGUUCUUAAGUUUACCAUUUUUGGUUGUUGGAAAGUACAGAGAACUAAAACCUGAAAAUAUAAGGUAACUAUUUUAUUUGCCAAAUUCAUAUUCCAUAAUUUCCCCUUCAAAAUAUUUAUGGAGAGCAGAAAACUAAACAGAUCAAAAUUUAACAAUAUAUUAUACGGAGUAUGUAUUACUGCCUGUCUAUCUAUUUUCAUAAAUUCAUAAUAACAAACCAAACAAGUGAAAGUUAAUGAUUUCUUUA